AUGGUAGCAGUAGCAAAACUUAUGAAUGCAAGCUUGGUUCUUCCUAUGUUAGAUCACAAAUCCUUUUGGACAGAUCCUAGUGAAUUCAAAGAUAUCUUUGACUGGCAACAUUUCAGAAAAUCUUUGGAAGAUGAUAUUGAAGUAUUGGAGUCUCUUCCUCCAAGUGUUGCAAAUGUUAAACCUUUCCUCAAGGCACCUGUUUCUUGGUCAAAGGCCAGUUACUAUAAUAGAGACAUUUUGAAGAUAUUGAAGAGACACAAAGUAAUAGAAUUCACUCACACUGAUUCGCGGCUCGCUAACAAUGGCAUCCCAGAUUCAAUCCAAAAACUCCGAUGCCAUGCCAUGUAUGAAGCCAUUCGUUUUACGGAGAAAAUUGAACAACUUGGAACAAAGUUAGUAAACAGACUCAAGGAAAAUGGUGAACCAUAUAUAGCUCUGCAUUUAAGAUAUGAGAAAGAUAUGCUGGCUUUCACAGGCUGCAAUCACAAUCUUACACAAAAGGAAGCAGAGGAGCUUCGAAAAUUAAGGUACAAAACUAAGCAUUGGAAAGAGAAAAGGAUAAAUGGGACAGAAAAGAGGGUUCUGGGGCUAUGUCCUAUGACACCUCGAGAGGCUGCCAUUUUUCUAGAGUCGAUGGAAUAUCCAUCAAACACUAAAAUCUGCAUAGUCGCGGGAGAUAUUUUUGGACAAAAUGGAUUAAAGGCACUUCAAGAAAGGUAUCCAAAUGUAUAUUACCAUUCCAAUUUGGCAACAGAGCAAGAGUUGAAACCUUUUAUGCAAAGGCAUAAUCAGCUUGCUGCAUUAGAUUAUAUUUUAGCUCUUCACGCUGACGUUUUCUUAUACACCUAUGAUGGGAAUAUGGCCAAGGCAGUUCGUGGUCAUCGCCUAUUCCAAGGCUUCUGGAAGACCAUCAAUCCGGACAAGCAAAAUUUUGUUAGACUUAUGGAUGGAAUGGACAACAAGAAGCUAAGUUGGAAAGAAUUUGCAACUCAAGUUAGGGGCUUACAUGUAAACAGAACAGGAGCACCAAAUGCUAGAGUUGUUGGGCAUUCACCUAAACUGGAGGAAAAUUUCUAUGCAAAUCCUUUCCCUGGUUGUAUUUGUCUCAAACCAAAACAUGAGAAGAGCAGAUGA